CUGGAAAAAAAAAACAGAGAUAAUUAGACAAAGAAAUUAAAUAAAAAUGGUGAAUAGUACCAUGGCUUCACUCUCUCAGAUCACUCACCAAUCCAAUUCAAAUACUUAACCACCGAGCAAUCUCGCCGGAAACAGAGCCUCUCUUCUUCUCCAGGUACUCCCUCGCCGGAUUUUUAUCCAAUCAAUCAACCACUGAUGUUAUCUUCUCCGAUCUUUCCUCUAAUUCCGAUGAACAACAAUCCCUCGUUUUUAUUUCGAUCUUCGAAUCCAAUUUGUGUGGAACUUUGAUCUCUUACGCGACCAAUCAAAAUAACGAUUCUCGCUUCGUCAAUUUCUGUAUAGAAUGUGGUGAUCGAAGAAGAACAAUGGCUCCAGUGAAAAAAUCUGAUAAGAAAGCAACAUUAGAUGCUGCUGCUUGGAUCUUCAAUGUUGUUACUUCUGUUGGAAUCAUCAUUGUUAAUAAAGCUUUAAUUUAUGGCUUUAGCUUUGCAACAACCUUAACCGGUUUACAUUUCGCUACGAAGACGUUGAUGACACUUGUUUUAAGAUGUUUAGGAUAUAUUCAGCCUUCUCAUCUUCCAUUUACAGACCUUUUAAAGUUUAUUUUGUUUGCGAAUUUUUCGAUUGUUGGAAUGAAUGUUAGUCGUAUGUGGAACUCUGUUGGGUUUUAUAAGAUUGCCAAGCUUAGUAUGAUUCCCGUGUCAUGCUUGUUGGAAGUUGUAAUAUUUGAUAAGAUUCGUUACUCGAGAGAUACAAAACUUAGCAUUGGACUUGUUCUUGUUGGUGUUGGUGUUUGUACUGUUACUGACGUUAGUGUUAACACCAAAGGUUUCGUUGCUGCUUUUGUUGCUGUGUGGAGUACUGCUUUGCAAUAAUAUUAUGUACAUUAUCUACAGAGGAAGUACUCACUUAGCUCAUUCAACCUACUGGGUCAUACUGCUCCAGCCCAGGCUGCAACGUUGUUGAUAGUCGGUCCAUUUCUCGAUUAUUGGUUGACAGACAAACGGGUAGACAUGUACGAUUACAACUUUGUCUCUCUGAUGUUUAUAACCCUUUUGUGCACAAUAGCUAUCGGGACAAUUCUAAGCCAGUUCAUCUGCAUCGGGAGAUUCACAGCGGUAUCAUUCCAAGUCCUGGGCCAUAUGAAGACGAUCUUGGUGCUGGUAAUGGGCUUCUUCUUCUUUGACAGAGAUGGUCUUAACCUGCAUGUGGUCCUUGGCAUGAUUAUUGCAGUACUCGGGAUGAUCUGGUACGGUAAUGCCUCGUCCAAGCCAGGCGGUAAAGAGAAGAAGAAUUAUUCUCUUCCAACGACCCGACAACAGAAACAGGGAGCUGCUUCGGAUUCUGAUGAAUACCAAGGUAAAGCUUAGCAAUUAGUAAAUGAUCAGUUCAAAACAUAGCUUUUACAUCUCUCAAUUUCAGUUAUUCUUUUGUAGCUGAAUUUUGUAAUCAGAUAGCUGAAUUUUGUAAUCAGAUAGCUGAAUUUUGUAAUCAGAUAUGAAAUUUACACUGUCUAGAGGAAUCAAGUUAUAUAGGCUUACCAUACUUUACUCUUUUCUGCAAUGUUUUGAUAUUUGUGUAUUAUUAGCAUUGUUUUUUUCGA